AAGAACAAAAUACAAUAGCAAUCGAGGAGACAUUUCAGGUAGAAGUUGGGAUCUCUCAUCUUCAAACUGUAAUUGAUCGCUGAUCAAUUGUAAAUUUAAUAUCUGAGAAUGACAGAUUUUUGUAUUAAUGAAUAAAGACAAAGGCAUAUAUGUGACAUUCCAUCCAAGACCAACUAUGACCUAUUUGAGAAGUAAAGCAUGCUCAAGUUGUGGAGGUAGGGUCUAAUAGACUAGGGGUCCAUACCAAUGGUCUAAUAUUAAUUUUGUGCUUCAAAAAAUCAUGUCAAGUUUUUUCUAUUCUCAAAAUACCAAUGAUGUUGAAAAAUUAAAAUUUUAGGCAUUUUUAAUUAUUUAACUUUUGUAAACAGAUUCUUCUUUGGACCAGUCUGAUUUGGUUGCUGAGCUGCUGAAGGAACUUUCUAAUCACAAUGAAAGAAUAGAAGAACGUAAGGCAGCGAUGUAUGAACUCCUGAAAUCAAUUCAAGAGGAAUCACUAGGUGUAUGGGACGAACAUUUCAAAACUGUUUUGCUGCUGCUUCUGGAGACACUUGGAGAUAGAGAGCAUACAAUCAGAGCAUUGGCACUACGAGUUUUAAAGGAAAUUUUAAAGCAUCAGCCAGAAAGAUUCAAAAAUUAUGCAGAACUUACUAUCAUAAGGACAUUGGAAGCUCACAAAGAUCCUCAAAAAGAGGUGGUAAGAGCUGCUGAAGAAGCUGCUACAGCCCUGGCUACAUCCAUCAACCCUGAACAGUGUAUUAAAGUGCUUUGUCCUAUUAUCCAGACUGCAGAAUGUCCAAUCAACCUGGCAGCCAUUAAGAUGCAAACCAAGAUCAUAGAGAGAGUCCAUAAGGAGACUCUGAAUCAAUUGUUGCCUGAAAUUAUUCCUGGUCUGUUAAUGGGUUAUGACAAUACAGAGAGCAGUGUUCGGAAAGCCAGUGUAUUUUGCCUUGUAGCCAUCUAUUCAGUUAUUGGUGAAGAUCUUAAACCCCACCUUGGUCAACUCACUGGUAGUAAGAUGAAAUUGUUAAACUUGUACAUUAAACGUGCACAAACUGGUUCCAGCACAAGUGGCUCAGCGUCAGAUCUCACUGGUCAAAGCUAGAGAUAGCAGCUUUUUAAAAUGGGUCUAAUGGGAACAGAACAACCAGUUUUUCAAGAUUAGACUCUUCUUUGGAACUUGAUUCAUCAGAGCUGUAUACAACAAAUGACUUCCCUCAGCCUGCAUGUGACUGUUGCACCAGAAUUUAUUCCAGAUCACAGGAAACAGUAUUAGUCAAUUCAGAUAAAACUCACAUCAAUUCUUCUCACUCAGACUCCUCUGUGUUUCUUCUAAUUAAUGUUUACCAGUGUUACAGUUAUAUAAAUAAAAUGCUAAUUAUGAUUAAAAAGGAAUGCUUUAAGCUUCAGAAAAGUGUUUUUGCUACUAAAGCAGCAUUACAAUUUCCUUUUACUUCAUAAUUUACUUCUGGUUAGGUAUCAAAAAUCAUUGGUAAAGGAUACGCCUCCAGUAAGUCAGACCAGAACCAGAUUGAAGCAGUAACAAACUGCCUUGUUUUGGGUGCAUGCUGUCAAAACAAAACUUUAGGGAUUGUAACUUCAUGUUUGUGCAAGGGCUGGGGCUAGAAUUGUCUGGUUUUGCCAGUGUCAUUUGUCUGUUCACUGAUUUACUCUGUUGUUCGCUCAAUAAAAGUAAUGCAAGUUAAACUGAAGAAAGCUACAAGAGCUGAGCAUUCCUGAGCAGCAGCGAGUCAUCUCUGUGUCCUGUUUCUCAGUAGUAGGUUUAUGUGGAUAGGUACAAGUUGCGUGAGAUUUGUACCUUUACAAAAUGGACACGUGUCAUCAUCCCUUCUUCAAACAGGCUGCAUCGGAGUGGAGUGCUCUACAGAAGCACACUCAGUAUGUAACUUGUUUAUAUUUAGUAUGUGUUUCUAAAUUUCUCGUUAAAUGAACACGUUCAUCAGGUAGAAAAGCCUACGUGGCAAGUUUUGCCUCAGCAGUAACUUUAAAUAAGUAGACGACAAUUGUAAUGAUGCUACUGACCUACUUGUCUGUGAUGGCUUUGUUUAAAUAUUCCAGGAAGCUUAACAUCAGUUGCUAAUAUAUGUAUACAGUAAAUUAAGGUCAUAAAAUAUUGACAGUGCCCAUUUGGGAAAACGAUGAAGAUGGAUCACUGUGGAGAUGUCAGCACCUUACAUUAGUGUUCUCUCUACCUCUUAUUGCAAAUUGAUAUUCUUUCAUCCUAUUAUUGUAACUUUCUCUUUAAAAAAAAGGUCUACUACUUUUACCUGGUUGAGUAAUGACUAACAUUCAAUGAUAGUCCUAAGCCGAUACUGGAAAUAGUUUUGUUGCCAGUUGUUCUGUGAUGGUGAUGCUCGUGGAGCUGGAUUUGUAAAGUCCAAAACUAAAGUGAAGGCAUCUGGUAAAAUUGAAUCUCACUGGGAAAGCAAAACAUGAUCAGACUGUUGUUUUGCUGCUGUUAGGGAGUUGCCUUUUUUUUGUUUAAUGAAAAAUUUGUAGAAAUGUAUUUAAAGAUUUUAAGCAAAUCUGUUACUGGCUUUUUUUAGCACCUACAUCAAGGAUAUAGUGUUACGUGAAUAGUAAAUUGGUUUACACUGUAUUAUUUGAUGUAUUUAUAGUUAUGUGCUUUCAAAUGUGCAUACACUGGCAAUAAACUGUAUAUAACAUUAUUAUCUUG